GCGGGCGCCGCGCAUGGCCGGCUCCGCAAGGUCUGGCUUCCCUGUGCAAACGAAUAGCCGUCUGGACGCUUUCCUGCGGAGGCAGUUUCCGCCCGAGGUCUACGACGCCAUCCGCGCCUACGAGCCGUGCAUCGUGGUGUCCGACUCGGAGAAGCACACCUUCAAGUACGUGGUGCUCAGCGAUCGGCUCAUCUACCUGACCGAGAACCCGCCCAAGUCCAUACGGCGAGCCGUGGCGCUGCGGGACGUCGUGGCCCUUGACCUGAUUGAUGAUUACCCACAAUUUCUGAGUCCACCAGAGAGAGAAACCAACCAACAUAUUCGUAUGACCCAUUCUUCAACUGUUUUGAAAAAAGAGUGUGAACAAUCAAAAGGUGUCAAAUUCUCAUUUCCAUUUCAUCAUGCCACUUCUGACAACAAAAAAGUCAAAGAAGUGAUUAAUGGCUCUGUGUUUUGGAGAGGCAAAGAACCCAUAAAUUUGAAUGAAUCCUCUCUCAGGAAUGAAGAGAAAAUUAAGCACUUCAGUCAACUUAAAUCUGAACUUUUUCUUAAAGACAAUACUUUGAGGAAGAUAUUUUGCUUCAUUACGGAACUUAAAGUAGCAGCCCAGAAAAACUUCAUUCUGAAACAGCUUUUCUGGAAAGUCGUGACCUUUUUUAUUUUCCUGGUGAACAAACUUCAUGAGUACUUGCCAGAGUCUAGGGAUAAGAGCAUACUUCAAAAUAAAAGCCAAAGGGCUGAUGAGCUGGUAGCAUGCAUUGAAAUUAUACAGAUUCUGGGACUGAUGUUCACAGAAACAGAAACUGAGUCAUCGUGCCUGAACACAUUGGCAGCUAAGAAGGGAACAUUGUUUAAUCUUUUGGUAAUUUUAAUUAGUGAACCUCAGAUUCCAAAAUCUUGUCCUAUGUUUGAUAUCCAGUUGGUGGCCGACUCAACUUUAGUUGAGAUGUCUUUUGAUGCUGAGAUCACUUUCGUGGCCAGUAUUGUGAAACAAAUGGUAAAGGGGCUUUCAGCUUCAUUUCAGUUGCUAAGUCCCAGCCAAGCAGUUCUGUUGUAUCAGCAAUUUUAAAUCCUCAAGAGCUACCUGCAGUACAGCAAGACUUUAGCUGAGUAUAUUAGGAAUGACUACAGAGAAGAAUUCAGGUACUUUAUUCACAUGCCAGCCUUGGAAAAAAGGCUCCCAUUGUGGUACCCUCCUACCCAACCUACCAUUCAACUUUUUCAUGAAGUUCCCAAGUUAGUUGAACAGAAACAAUGUGUGAAAUAUUAA